UGUGGAAUUUGAAGUUGAGACGAGGGAGCAAUCUAUGACUAAUGCUUGGCAUUCACUAAGAAAAUUUAGGCUAACUGCCUCAAAUUUCAAGAACAUUUGUUCCCGGAGGAAGGACUUUGACACUUUAUCAAAGCGCCUUCUCAAAGGCAAAUUUAUCCAGACUGCUGCCAUGAAAUAUGGGAUWCAAAAUGAGGAUGUGGCUGCCAAAUUGUAUACCAAAMAGUUUGCCAGAGAAACUCACAAAGUUGGUUUCCUGAUAAACCCUUCAGUGCCACAUCUUGGUUGCAGCCCAGACAGGAGGGUGCAUGAUAACAGUGAAGCUCAGCCAUGGGGUCUUUUGGAGAUUAAGUGUUCCCCUGCAGACAAACUGGAGAACUUAAAUUAUCUGAGGAUCUCUGGUGGAGCAUAUUCACUUAAGAAAGUUCAUGCCUACUACUACCAAGUAAUGGGGUGCUUAGGUUUAACUGGCUGCCAAUGGUCAGAUUUCUAUGUCUAUUGCCGUCAAGAAUUCCACUAUGAAAGAAUUUACUUUGAUGAAAGUGUGUUUUCAGAAAUGUUGGACAAAUUGAAUUUAUUUUAUUUUGGUUAUCACUUGUCUUCUUGCAUUGAAAGCUCUUUCUUCGAAAACUGGCCCUUACUAGARAGAAAAGCAGGUAUAGUAACAUCACAUCCGAGUGGUUUUAAAAGGUCUUGUAUGGUAAAGCCUUUGUCUGCCAUGAUCUCAUCUCCUGCUUCAAGCAAAUCUAAUAGACCUGAUUGCCUGACGAGCUCUUUGUCUGAUAUGCUACCUUCAAAAAGGCAACUAACAUGAAUAACUUCACCUGAGGGAGAUAUAACAACAUUCCCCUUGUACGUUGUGUGGCUC